CAGAAACCCAUGGUCAUGGAGUGUCAUAACAUAAAUACCUCGAGGCAGAUAUUCUGGGCAAGUUAUUGUGUUGACAAACCCAUAUCGUUGUCUUCAUGCUGGACAAAAAAUUCAAAUUUGGAAAGUUUCUUCAAACUUCAGGGUAGUAUAGCUGGUUGGAGUUCAAGGCUGGUCUCCCAAAGGUUAACUUACUCAAAUCAAGCUUCUAUUGGAAAGAAUUGUGCGGACCACAUAUCUAGGAGAACAUUUUGUGCUCCUGUUAAUCUGGAGGAGGAAUUUUCAUCUGUGUGGUCGCAAAGUUAUUCAGAAGAUGGUGAGGAUGCCCCUGAGGCUUCCGAGGAGGAGGUUUCUGCAAAACCAUUGAGCAGUGAAGAGUUGAAGGCUGUAGCUGUUGACUCUGAAAGAGCAAAGCUUAUCAAGAAACUAAGUGAAGCCAACCAGCAGAACCGGUUCCUCAAACGACAGUUGUACGUGAAGGAGGAUGCAUUGGUCAAUUUCAAAAGUGAACUUGCCACCAUGGAACUCGAGAUUCAGGCUUUGGUGAGUUUGGCAGAAGAAAUAUCUAAAUCUGGCAUUCCAGAAGGUUCAAGAAAGAUCAACGGGAAAUACAUUCAGUCUCAUCUACUUUCUCGGUUAGCAUGUAUGACUGUUUUGUCAUGUUUUAUUUGGGUUACUCUUUCCUGGUUCAGCUUUCUAGAUUUCUGCUGCUGCACGUAUAUGGUACACAUGAGGUCCUGAGUCCAGACCAUCUAUGUAAGCUAAGAGCAAGAUUAAUUUUGAAGGCAAAUUUGGUGUUUUGAGAAGUGAAUGGCUUCCCUUUUCUAACUGAUGGACUUCAAGGCUGCCUUUAAAGUUGUCGCCCAGUAAUUCCAGGAAUUGGAUGGAUUAUUUUGGUUGAAUGGGCUUUUCAAAGUUCCCAUGUCCAUCCAAUUGUAUUUUGUCUAUGGUAGUGAACAAUUUCAACUGAACUUUGCAAGAUUACUUUGUUUUUUUUGAACAUAUAUUUUUUUUAUCUGUAGCACUUUUUUCUGUGGGGUUUGUAUAUGAUAUUGAUAUUUGCUUUGUAAAGCUGUACAAGAAAAACUGAAGGAACAGAUAAAAGAUGUGGAUGCUGCACGAUCUAAAGAGGUGCAGCUAUUCUGGUGUGGCAUGGCAGAGGUGAGCUGAAUUCAUCUAAAUGUUGAACCAGACAUAACUUGAUUGACUGCAAGUAAAUCCAAUCACUCAAACCUUGAAAUGGUGUUUUCUCUAAUCCCUGAGGUUUUUGAUAUGUGGAGUUCAAAAUCAUGACAAUAACUCUGAAUGAAGUUUUAACUAAAAAGAAGAGGAAGACCCUAAACUUUAGUCAUUACACAGAAGGGGAUAUAGUAAGAUAGGAAUUACUGAAGACACCAGUCAGGAACCUUUAAAAAUUACAAAGCUUUGUUUUUUGACCUUUUCUCAUAUGAAGUUAGAACUCCCAAACCUUCUCAUAUUUCUUCUCCAAAGGAGUUGUGGGUUCCUGUGAAAGAUGAAAUCAUAUAUUUCCCUUCAGCCUCGACCUUUCUUCUUUAUGAUACUUUUUGUUUUAAUAAUAUAAUUUAUUUCAUUCAGGUUGGUAUAGAAUAAUGUACUGGAUUCUAUUUGGUUUGACAUAGCCCUUGAGGUGAGUUCUGAUUUUGAUGGGAUCUGAAGGGAGUCAGUUUAUCACUUAUAUGGAUUAAUUGAAGAGUAUAAAGCAAGAACAAUUAAUCGUGAUAGGUUUUUUCAUUAUAAGCACUUUUGCUUCAGUAGGUCCAUGUUUGUAGGUGAUUUACUUUCAUUUCCACUGUGGUCAAACACCAUUGAUGAAUAACUUCUAGGUGAAAUGUGUGUGAUGUUUCAGUAAAUAAUAUUUUGCCUUUGUGUCAGAGUGUGCAAGUAAUGGGCUCUUUUGAUGGCUGGAGUCUAGGAGAGCACUUAUCAG